GUUCUAUUCCUCAGGAAAUAGGAAAUCUGAAACAAUUGUAUGUCCUGCUAAUUUAUGACAACAAAUUGUCUGGCAAUUUACCACAACAGUUAUGCCUUGGUGGAUCACUUUCAUAUUUCUCUGCAUUUGAUAAUAGUUUCACAGGUCCCAUCUCGAAAGGCUUGAGAAAUUGCACAAGCUUAUUGAGAGUCCGACUGGAUAACAACCAAUUGAAGGCAAAUAUAUCAGAAGCUUUUGGUUCGUAUCCACAUUUGUAUUACAUGGAUCUGAGCAAUAACAAAUUAUAUGGUGAGAUUUCACCAAAUUGGGGAAAUUGCCCAAAUCUUACAAGUUUACGGAUGUCAAAAAAUGAGAUUACUGGCAGGAUUCCUCCAGAGCUUGGGAAGCCAUCUCUACUACAACGACUUGACCUUUCUUCCAACCGUUUAAUUGGAGAGAUUCCAAAGGAAUUAUGGAAAAUGAAGGUUUUGUCAAGCCUGAACUUGAGCCAUAACCAGCUUUCAGGUAGGUUGUCAUCGGAAAUUGGUAAGUUGUCUAGAUUAGAGUAUCUUGACUUAUCAGCCAACAAUCUAACUGGACCUAUUCCAGAGCAGCUAGGGGACUGCUUCAAAAUGAUAUACCUAAACUUGGGUAAAAACAAGUUUAAUGGAAGCAUUCCAAAACAAAUGGGUGACCUGAUUUCACUGCAACCUUUAAUGGAUCUUAGUCAUAAUCAACUCUUGGGAGAGAUACCAUCAGAGAUUGGGCAAUUGCGUAGUCUGGAAACAUUGAAUCUCUCACACAAUAUGCUCUCUGGUUACAUUCCCUCAUCACUGAAAGACAUGUUGAGUUUGACAUCCAUUGAUAUAUCAUACAAUGAAUUGGAAGGUCCGAUUCCCAAAAUUAAAGCCUUCGAAGAUGCUCCUACAGAGGCUUUCACAAACAAUAAAGCAUUGUGUGGCAAUGCUGCAAAAGGUUUGCCUUCUUGCAAUUCUUCAAUCAUAGAAAAGAGAGAUAGUAGAAAGAAGCAUAUGUUCAUCUUCUAUAUCUUAUUUUCUUUUUUGAGUGCAAUGAUUCUAUUAUCCAUAGUUGUAGGAAUUGCUUGUCUUUUUCAAAGAAAGGCAAAGAAAAAGAUAGAAAUGGGACAAACGGAAAGAAUUGAUCAAGGAGAUUUAUUUGCAAUAUGUAACUAUGAUGGUAGAGUUGUGCAUGAAAAUAUCAUUGAAGCCACUGAGAACUUUGAUGACAAGCAUUGCAUUGGCAAGGGAGGAUAUGGAAGUGUUUAUAAAGCAACUUUAUCAACUGGUCAGUUGGUAGCUGUGAAGCUUUAUCCAUUACAAGAAGAUGCUGACAUGAUGAACACAAAACAUUUUACAAAUGAGAUUCGUGCAUUAACUGAAAUACGACACCGAAAUAUUGUGAAAUUUUAUGGUUUCUGUUCACAUGCGCGACACUCAUUUUUGGUUUAUGAGUAUUUGGUAAGGGGAAGUUUGGCGAAGAUCCUAGGGAAUGUGGAGAGGGCAACAGAGUUGGAUUGGAUCAAGAGAACAAAUGUAAUUAAAAGUGUGGCCAAUGCUUUAUCUUACAUGCAUCAUGAUUGCUCACCACCAAUGAUUCAUAGAGAUAUAUCAAGUAGCAAUAUUUUGUUGGAUUCAGAUUAUGAGGCUUGUUUGUCAGACUUUGGCAUAGCAAGGCUUCUAAUGUCUGAUUCAAGUAAUUGGACUUCUCUUGCAGGAACUUAUGGCUAUCUUGCUCCAGAGUUUGCUUAUACAAUGAGAGUGACUGAAAAGUGUGAUGUGUAUAGCUUUGGUGUGGUAACAAUAGAAACAUUAAUGGGAAGACACCCUGGUGAGCUCCUUUCAUCUUUAUCAGCAUCAUCAUUGUCAUCGUUGGAAUCAUCAAAUGCGCAUACCAUGAUGUUGAAAGAUGUAUUAGACCAACGGCUCCCUCCUCCCACCACUAAAGUAUAUGGAGCAUUGAUUUCUAUUUUAAAAAUGGCAUUUACAUGCUUGAAUGUUAAUCCCCAAUGUCGGCCUACUAUGAAACAUGUGUCUCAGGAGCUAUUACCUUACACGGAAUUUGGCAUAUUCUAUUGA